AUGAUUGCGGCCAACAACACUUUUGACGUCAUCAUUAUUGGCGCCGGCAUCAGCGGCAUCAACUCUGCAUACCGUCUUCAAGAAGGUCUCCCUGACUUUUCGUACGCCAUCCUCGAAGCACGGGCCGAGAUCGGUGGCACCUGGAGUUUGUUCAAGUACCCUGGCAUCAGAUCUGAUUCUGACCUACACACCUUUGGGUUUCCUUGGGAUCCAUGGAAGGAAGACCGUUCCAUCGCUGAUGCUGCUUCGAUUCUGCGAUAUGUCAAGACUACUGCCGCCAAACAUGGCAUCGACAAAAACAUCAAGUACCACCACAAGGUCGAGUCGAUGAAUUGGUCAACUGAGAACCAACAUUGGGAAAUUGAAGUCACCGUCGAUGGCACCGAGAAGCGAAAGUACUACUCUCGAUUCAUCCUCCUGGGUACCGGCUACUAUGACUAUACUCAAGGGCUCAGCACCAAGAUUCCUGGCAUUGAGAACUUCAAGGGCACCGUUGUCCAUCCUCAAUUCUGGCCCGAGGAGCUCGACUAUACAGACAAGAGAGUCGUCAUUAUCGGCAGUGGUGCCACCGCCGUCACCCUCUUGCCUGCCAUGACCGAAAAGGCCAAGUCGGUGACGAUGCUUCAACGAUCGCCCAGCUAUUUCCUGCCCGUCCCCCUGAGCGAGCCCAUUGAUGCUCUUAUCAAGCGGGUAUUCCCUGAAAAGUUCGCAUAUCAACUCAUCCGACUCAGAUUCCUCCUCGUCGGCUUCUUCUUUUUUCAAUUUUGUCGACUCUUUCCCAACAAGGGCCGAUCUAUCCUGCGUGAUGCCACCCAAAAGGAGCUACCUGCCAAUAUUCCUUUCGACCCUCAUUUUGUUCCUCGCUACAAUCCCUGGGAGCAAAGAAUGUGUAUUACUCCAGGUGGCGAUUUCUUCGCGGCGCUUCGCACUGGCAAAGCCGAUGUCGUGACCGACACAAUCGAAGACAUGAGCGCCGGCGAGGUCAAGCUCAAGUCAGGAGCGACUCUCCCUGCGGACAUCAUCAUCACCGCCACGGGUCUCAAAAUCCAGUUUGGUGGUGGUGCUAAUGUUACGGUCGAUGGUGAGCCCUACCAGAUGAAUCAAAAAUUCAUCUGGCGUGGUGCUUUGCUACAGGAUCUACCAAACUUCACCUUCAUCUUCGGCUACACGAAUGCUAGCUGGACCCUGGGCGCCGAUGCCACGGCACAGCUGUGGGUUCGUCUCCUCAAAGAGAUGAAGGAAAAGAACAUGACUAGUAUGGUUCCGCGGAUUGAUGAAAAGGAUCACAUCAGUGAAGUGCCUCUCUUGAAUCUGAACAGUAGCUACAUCAAGGCAGCCCAAGAGGCCAAUACAUUGCCCAAAGGUGGCAAUCGCGGACCGUGGGUGCCUAGGAGCUCGUACCUUCGAGACAUCUGGCACGCGAAGUUCGGCGACAUCCGGACGGGGCUGCAGUUUAACAGGAUUUCAACUUAG